ACGGCUCUUGCUUUUGUCAAAGACUCCACCGUUGAUUUCGUUGGAUAGACGAAGGCGUCCGAAAUGCAGAUCUUCGUGAAGACCCUCACGGGUAAAACCAUCACCUUGGAGGUGGAGUCUUCGGACACCAUCGACAAUGUCAAGGCCAAAAUCCAGGACAAGGAGGGUAUUCCCCCCGACCAGCAGCGCUUGAUCUUCGCCGGCAAGCAGCUCGAGGACGGCCGCACCCUCAGCGACUACAACAUCCAAAAGGAGUCCACCCUCCACUUGGUGCUUCGUCUCCGUGGUGGUGCUAAGAAGAGGAAGAAGAAGCAGUACAGCACCCCCAAGAAGAUCAAGCACAAGCGCAAGAAGGUCAAGAUGUCGAUCUUGAAGUACUACAAGGUCGACUCCGACGGCAAGAUCAAGCGUCUCCGCCGUGAGUGCCCCAGCGCUGAGUGUGGUGCCGGUAUCUUCAUGGCCUUCCACAAGGACCGCCAAUACUGCGGCAAGUGCGGCUUGACCUACACCUUCACCCCUGGCACCAAGCCCCCCGUCGUUUAAAUACUGAAGUGAUGUGAAUCACUUGUGUACCAUAUUGCAAUGAUGACAUGACUUGCACGGCAACUCGAAAAACAAA